CUUAACCUCAACACCUUUCCACCCAUACAACCACAACUACUUGUAUUCGACCGUGACAUCUAUACCGCCACCAUGUCCGAGCGAAAGGUUCUCACGAAAUACUACCCCCCGGAUUUCGAUCCCAGCGCUAUCACGCGCACACCGAAGCACCUACGCCAACAAGGACCCAAAGUAAUAACCGUCCGACUAAUGGCGCCCUUCUCCAUGAAAUGCACGAAAUGCGGCGAAUUCAUCUACAAAGGCCGCAAAUUCAACGCACGAAAAGAAACCACAUCGGAAAAAUACUUCUCUAUCCCGAUCUAUCGAUUCUACAUCCGGUGCACGCGCUGCAGCGGAGAAAUCACAUUCUUGACGGAUCCCAAGAACAUGGAUUACCGAGCGGAGCGGGGCGCGAAGCGCAACUUCGAGCCGUGGCGGGAUAGAAGCAAGGCGGAGGAGACGGCGGAGGAGACUGAGGAACAGGUGCUUGAUCGACUGGAGCGCGAGGAAGGGGAGAAUGUGGAGCAGGAGGAGAGGGAUAAGAUGGCGGAGUUGGAGGAGAAGAUGUUGGAUUCGAAGAGGGAGAUGGCGAUUGCGGAUGCGUUGGAUGAGAUUAGGACGAGGAAUGCGAGGAUUGAGAGGGGUGGGGCGGGGGGUCGGAGGGAGGAGAGGGAUGAGGAGGCGGAGAGGGUGGAGAGGGAGAUUGAGGAGGUGGCGAGGAGGGCGUUUAGGACGGAGGAGGGGGAGAUGGUUAGGAGGUUGGUUGUGGAGGAUGAGGGGGUUCCUGGUAAUGGGGAGGGUGCGGGUGGGAGUGUCGCUGCCAGUGGCAGCGGUGCUGGGGAGAUGCCUCCGCCGCCGCCUUCGUUUGCGAGGGUAAAGAAGGCGAAAAAGCCUGCUGUUAAUAGCUUGGGGAUUAAGAAGAAGGCCAAGCCGUCGUUGGUUUAA